CUUCCCCUUUCUCUCUCUUCCUCUUUCUCGCAAAAACCCUAAGCCGCCGCCUGCUCUAUCUUCUCUCUCUCAUCAUAAAAAUGGAAAAAUCACAGAGCAAGUGUGAAAUGCACAGCUUUAGCGGUGUUAUUUAUGGCCAAAGAAUUAAUUCAAAGGCUAUUUUUACCUAUAUCUUUCCAAAAUCGGUGAUGAUACUUGUGCACAAUUCUGGGGCUCUGGCCAGAUACUAUGACAACACUGGUUUGGGAGUUGAGGUGGUCUGGAGGGAUAGAUGUUUGCCAUUCCCCCAUGUCCAGCCAUGCCUGGGUUUCAUGAAACCCCUUGGAUCUUGUGCGGCAUCGGGAAUAAGAGUGGUGAUAACCUUUUCCCUUGGUAUGACCAUGGCCAUUUGGGCCGAAGUCCAGAUACCCUAUUAGGCCAAAGGCCCAAUAGGAAUUUUUCUUUUAAAAAAUUGUUAAGUUCAAGAAGAGAAAAAGGAAGCUAAUAUUAUUGAAGGCCCAAUCAUGGGUAAGAAUGACAUGAAGGCCCAACCAUGGGUAAAAAUGAUUAACUAGGGGUUUGGUACACCCGUAGUCUAUCCCUCCUCCUUUAAAUUUCAGCAUGCCAGUUUCUUUAUUGAUUAAAGUGUUGUACUUGUAUGUUGUAAAACAAACUCACACUAUUAUUUUAAUCAUUUAUGGUUUGGACUAGGCAUCUUAGGUAAACGG